AUGUCCAACUCGACGGCCACCCAGAUUCUCUUCAACUCACCUGCGUUGCACUCGCUCAAACGCGAUCAACUCGUUAGGCUCUGCAAGACACAUUCCCUCAAGGCAAACGGAAAGAAUGUCGACCUCAUUGAACGACUCAAACAGCAUGCGCUAACCCUGCCCAAAGAUGCGCCACUCAGCAUUGCCGUCAGGGGUGAAGACAAUGAAGGCGAACCAAUGGACCAAGACGACAGCAACGACAGCAUUAACUCUGAAGAAAACUCAGUGGCGACGUCAUUUUCCCAUUCGACAAGACCCAGCGAACAGUGGGAGGUUGUGAUGGAUAGCAUCGCUGAAGAAGAAGAAGGCUCGUCAAAGGGCUCAUUGUCUUCUAUGAGGACAGUUGUUAAUGGAAACAAAGCCGGUGAAUUUGGCACCGGUUCAUCCAAAUCCUCGACGGUCGGCUCGUCAUUCAGAGCGCUGGCGACAUCACUUGGCCUCAAACGAGGCACGUCCACGACGUCCUCCAAACACAGUGUUCGUUCCGCGCUGUCCCGUGUGACCGCCACUCCAACGAACAACAAGGAUGAACUCGAGGAGACUGCAACUCCCUAUUCUGAACUACCCCCAUCUGAACCUGUGACCGAAGUCAAGCCGCUUGCAUUCAACCCUGCUCGAAUGUCAAUGACCGGCUUCUUGGCCGAAGGCGAAACGCCCUUGCCAGGCCAUGCUUUGCGACCUGGUGUCCCUGCGCCCGAGAAUGCAAGGCUUAGUCUUGGACUAGGACUCGGGGCACCCGCCACUCCUCGCAGAGCGCAACCGACAACGACCAUCCGCCUGGUCUCCCACGGUGGCAACGAGGCGGCAUCCAAAUCUACUUAUAGCUACGCAGGCCCUGCCACACCUCAGCUUAAGCCGCUCGAAACUACUUUCGAUUUGAUCAUGGGUAGCCCUGCCGCGGAAACUAACAGCUGGUCAGCAAUCGGAAGCAUCUAUCCGAAGUUAACUAUGGACGAUCUACCUCCCGCUUCCCCUCAUCAACCGCCACCCGCAGCUACAGAGACAACCACCACCACACCCACCCCUCAAUCACCAGAGCCAUUUGUGUUCGGUUCACCGCUUCCAAAGCAUCGCGUUUCCAAUGCCCAGUUUGCAUCCGCUGCGGCGAGCGUUCUCGAAGAGAUGAACAAGCGUCUUCAAGAAGAUGGCGUGGAAGGCGUAGACACUAGCAUCAUCGAUCGUCUGCAUCCCGGGGCUAGUAAUCGACAAUCCCUGUCACCCCAGGAGGUUAAGCCUCUUCCCGCCACUCGGAACACUGGCGAACACAAGGAGAAAUUCGAUUCUCUUCAUCAGAAAGAGUUUGCGAAAAUGGAGGGUAUUGACGGGAUGUUGAAACGAAGGCAGGAGCGUGCUGCGAAUGAUGUUCAGCCUAUUGUCGGCAAGAAGCGCAAGUCUAGUGUCAUGGGUGACGAUGGUCCUCGCCGUCCUGGCAUGGUUGGACGUGCCAGCCAGACUAGGGUUAUCAGCAAUGGUCGCCGCGCCAAAGCCCUUCCCGGUGCGUUCGGCAUGGAUGACGAAGAAGAAGAAGAAGAAGAGCAGGAGGCUGAAGCUCAACCUGAAGAAAGGGCUGGCAAGCGAAUUCGUGUUUCUUCCAACCCAAUCGACAACGCCGCACCUGCUCAAUCUUCGACAGAUGAAGAACGCGCUCGUAAGGAAAAGGAGCGCCAGGCCGUUAAGAAGAAAUUGGAGGCCAAUAGGCGCAGGAGGAGCAGUGUCGCCGGUAACCGUAGGCGGAGUAGCCGGGUCAGCGGAGGACUCAUUCAACCUAAAGCCAAGCCAUCGCGAUUUGGUUUCUUAUCAUCUGCGAAAUCCCUGGUUCAGAGUGUUUGGAAUCGAGGGAAGACCACUGCUGCCCCAGCUGCAAGCACAAACAUCCCCAAACCCAAUACCCUUGUUAAGCCGCCACCAGCAUCGAAGGCUCCGCUUGAUCUCUCCAAGAAAGCAGCCGCUGCACCUGCAAAACCAACUUCAGCUACUGCUGUUGCCGCCGGUCGAGUCCCCUCUGGCAAGGCAGUUAACAAACCGUCGGAGGCCAAAGGAUCUAUCACGUCUGCUCGUGCUCGAUCUCCCAUCCCGUCAUUUGGUGCAGGUUCUUCUCGAGGAAGUAUUGCAACCAACAACGGUACGCAAGGCAGCAGGAUGAGCCACCUCUCUGCCAUGGCCGCUGCAGCGUCCAAGAAGACCUCUGUAACAGGUACUGCUGCUUCCCGAAGUUCAACUGCCAACGUUUCUUCCGUUGGUACCCGCACGUCGCUCGCGCAGCCCACUACUGCUGUUGGUAGUAUGGGUGUCAAGAAGCCCAGUCUUGCCCCUGGUCGGGCCUCCGUUGUUGGUUCAAACAAUACCAACUCCUCCCUCGCUGGCAGACCCUCCAACACCGGUUCGAGUUCAUCCAGACUUUCCACGUCUUCCCGUCUCUUUGCACCCACUGCCAGCUCCUUGGCCAAGACCAGUAACAGAAACUCUGCUGCCGGUCUCAGACCUGCUCUGGAGAAGAAAUCCAAGCUCAGCCUCCCUUCGGCCCCUCGACAUACGCCUCAACCUCAAUCUCCACCUGCAUUGACUACCAUCACUAACAAUCCUCGCCCAGGCAACAUUCGAUCUCCGGGUACACCUUUCUCUCCCACCCGAGGCAAGAUUUUCAGCACUCCUCUCCAAAUGCCCAGUGGCAUUCCAACUCCCGUAAAGAAACGUGUUCCUUCUACUGAGAGCAAUACUUCCAAGGCCACUACCGAUACAACUACCACCACCAACUCAGGGGGUUCAACUUCUGGUAGUGGUGGAGCUACCGUCGUACGUCAGCGAAGUAUCUCAGGACGCAAGCCCAGAAUCUCGCGUUCCAAGGUUAUCGCUAGAUUGGCUUCUCAGCGGGCUGCUUCCUCCAGUUCUUCCUCCUCGAAUAUUCCAGGUACGCCUAGCGUGCUUGCGAAGAAACCGGGUGGAAGGCCUAGGUCCAGUUUGGGAGCGAAAGUACAUAGGGCUAGUUUGACGGGAGGUAUACAGGCGAGGAGCAGGAUGAGCGGGGGUGCAGGUGGCGAUGUGUUGAUGAGUGCAAAGAAGAAGGCGCGACAGAGCGAGUAUAUUAGGCGAAGGAGCAGGGGACUAGUGCUUUCGCCUACACCUGCCGCGAAGGAGGGUGGCGCGAUGGAAGUUGAUGCAUAG